UAAUUGACUUUUCGUCAGUGAAGUUAUUGAACCAACUAACGUAACGCGAGAGAUAAGCGAUUUGCAAGCCUCCCCUCCCCAGCUAUGCAACUCGAGUUAGCUAUCUGACUGACUUACUUUAGCCCAGCCUCUACUGAUGCCCGUUCGUCAACAACCCUGUUUCAAGCAAAAUGGCCGAUAGUAAGGGGAGUAGAAGCAACCACAUCGUAGUAAGGAACACAAGAUAUCUUCAUUCCCAGGUCGAAGGAAAAUAGGAGUCUUUUUCUCUAGUUGAGCCGUCAACUAGAGAGGAUUACCACGGAAGGGAAUAGCGGUUCAUGGAAGACAAUAAUAUCAAGACAGAGGAAAAUAAGAUAUGGGAAGGUUCCCAAAAGGGCACGGAGCAGAAUAAUAAAGAGUCAAGCCAGCCCACAGCCACAGAGACCACAAGCCUCGAGACCCACCCCAGUACCCCCACACCUCCACCCCCCGAGUCCCCCUGUCCUGCCCCCGGGGCACCCCCCGAGCCCCCCUGUCCUGCCCCCGGGGCUUCAGGUGGCCCCCCUCCGGGUGGGAACAAUGCAAAGUGGGCAGCUGUGGCCAACGGACAGCCCCCCGCCACAUCCAGUCCGCCACAGCGCUACAUGCCCCGCGAAGUGCCCCCACGAUUCCGUUGCCAGCAGGACCACAAAGUGCUUCUGAAGAGGGGCCAGCCGCCACUUUCCUGCAUGCUGCUCGGCGGAGGUAACGGCGGGGAAGGCACGCCCCCCCUCUCUUGCGGAGAUGGCCCCGAGUCAAACACAGCUGGAGCCUCAGACGCUGGCUCAGGCUCGGGCUCAUCUCCCCCUCCCUUGUCCACCCCAGCAGCCACCACCCCCACGGCGGCUUCUGAACCUUCCAGUUAUGCAAAUCCAAACUCGGGGGAGGGCUCUGGCGACCAGCCCUGUUCUGUGGAGGCAGAUGCGGACAAGGUGAUCGCGGACCCCGCUACCGCCGCCGCUGCAACCACCAAGCCAGGAGAAUGGCCCAGCGUUGUGGAGGCAGCCCUGAGCGUCACGCCAGAGACGGACAACCACCGAGCCCAGAGUGCCUCUUGCGGAGACGGGUGCCUGCAGCAGCCACAGCAGCAGCAGGACAACGAGAACGAGAAGGAGGAGAUGGAGGAGCAGGAGAGACUGUUGCAGGAGGUGUUUGGAGGAUCAGAGGCGGCUGUGGAGGGUGAAGGCGGCGAGCCUGGUAGCGGUGUACCCUCUACCUUGGCAUCGUCACCUAGCGAAUGCCCCCAAUCCGCUGGGUCGACGAUGUGGCUGUCCUCCUCUUCUCAGGCCGAAAACGCGGAAUCCAUUGAAGGUACAGCACAGUCACAGUCUCCCCCCGCCGCCACCCCCACCACAACUGUCGUCGUGUCCAAAGGCUCCCUCCCUCCUCCCCCUGAAAAUCAAGAAAGUUUACUCGGCAUCAGUAGUACCAGUGGUAGCAGCGGUGAGGUGUCUGGUGCCAACUCCAAUCCAAAUUGCAAUUCCUCAGCCUGGCCUGCCUUGGCGCUGGAUGAGACGAGAGAGAGGGCUACCGCCGCUGCCACUGCUGCAGCUGUCGUGGAGGCGAACGCGCCCUUAUCUCCCUCGAGUCCAGUUUCCUCCACGUCAGACAAUGCCCUCGCCGCUUCUCUUCCUCCUGCUCCUCCUCCAACCUCUCUGGCCAACCAGGAGCUCCAGGAACAGCUCUCUGCGGAUGGUGGCGGCGAGCGUCUGCUCUCUCCGUGGGAUAAUCAGGGGUCAGAGGCGAAAACGGGACCAAAUACAGGGGCAGCGGGAGUGGGAGUGUUGGGCAAUGAUGGUGACGACAUGGACUCCAGGAUUCCAGGGGGCGCCGUGGAGAACCUCUCCACCACCGCCUCAUCAUUUUCUGCCAGGUCUUCGGCUUCAUCAUCUUCCUCCUCCUCCUCCUCUUCUUCAGCUGCCGCCUCUUGGAAAAGUUCGCCGCAGCAGCAGCCGACUAUUGCUCUUCCUCUCAUCCCCUCGUCCAACAACCCCAGCAACACCGGUGCCUCCAGGGCUGACUCGUGGGGCAUGGGGAUGGGAGGUGUGGGGAGCAGCGGCAGCAGCGGUGGUGGAGGUGGUGUUUGGGGCUCCACCAAUGAAAAGGGAGGACUGGGACAGGGACAGGGACAGGAGCAGGCGAGUGAAGGCUGGGGUGCAGUGCUGGGCGGUGCCGGCGAGGGCAGCUAUAGUGGUGGUAUGACCCACGGGGUCUCUCAGGGAGGAGGUUGGGACAUGGAGGUCGGUGGUGUGGGUGUGGGUGGUGACGCUGGCGCUGACACGGACGCGCUGGCGUCCGCUGGACACCACUGCAGCUCAGCCGGCGACAGCGUCACAGCAGGAGCAGGGGGAGGCGCCGGGGACGGCAGCGGCAACAAUAGCUGCGGCGGCAGCGUCAUCAGCGGAGGCGGCGAGGACGGCAGCCUGUCACAGGACUCGCACAGCUCGCUCACCGAUGCCAGCGCCGUCACCAGCGGCGACGCCGCAGCAGCAGACAAAGCAGAGGAUAAUCAGAAAGGGGACAGGGAAGCAUCAGCGGGGGUGUUUACAGGUCAAGAGGAAAGCAGCAGCAGCAGCAGUGGCGGGGGGGGAGAGGACUCGUCUGCAUCCGUGUCCGGCGACACUCUGCAGCACCAAGACCACGACCAGGCCCAGGGCACCGCCUCCGAAUCCGGGCCCCAGACACCCGGCAGCGGUGGUACCGCAGGCCCAACCGCGGCCAUACAGAACAUGCUCGGCCGGGGAGACCUGGAUCCCAGGGUGCUGUGCAACACGGGCUGGGGCCAGACCCAGAUCAGGCAGAACGUGGCCUGGGACCUGGAAGCGGAGGAGGCGGCGGCAGGCGGGAACCGAGGGAACCGCUCGUCAUUUCGUGCUGCUGCCAGCAGGCCUUCUGGAUACCCUGGCGGCGCCGGCGGUACCGAUCCGGACCCCGUAAACGCUUCGCAGCGGUUUGGCAUGGGGCACAUGAAAGACCAGGGCUGGCACGACGUUAACCCUUCGCGAGGAGGGCCUCCGCCACCGCAGGACUCCCCGGCUCAGAAGACUGCGAUGGAAGGAGUUCACCACCAGGGACGAAUGACCAGGGACUUCAGCGGCAGAGGAGAUGGUGGCGGUUACGGUGGUGGGAUGGAGAGCCAGGGAAAAGGAUGGGGGAGCAAAGACGAUUCCGACUGGGGGGGAGAGGCUAAAAGGGACGAGCGUGACGGAGGAGCUGGGGAGUGGGGCACCUUUGGAGAACAGGGUAGCAGCAGCAGCAGCGGCGGUGCGAAAGGAAGCAGUGGCUGGGGAGACGCGGCACAGGAAGAGAAAGGGACCGGCGGCUGGAAGGAGCUGUCCAUGGGCACCGGGGACUGGCGGCAGAACCAGCCUGGCGGCAACGGCGGCGGCAGCUCCUGGAAGGACAGUAAGGGAAGCGGAGGAGGAGACGAGGGAUCGUGGUCCAACUGGGACGAAGGAAGGCCAAAGAAGAGUUGGGGAUCAGGCGGCGGUGGUGGUGGUGGUGGUGGUGGUGAUGUCAAGCCUUAUCAAGGCUGGGGCGCGAAGCCCAUGACGACCAACCAGCCACCAGUCGCGAUGAAAGGCCCAAAUCAGCAGCAACAAUCACAGGCUCCUCAGCCCCCGCAGCAGCAGCAGCUUCGCUCGGACCCGAGGGCCAUGCAGCAGGAAGGCAGGGGGAGAGCCGGAGGAACCGGGCCCCCUGCCGCCCCGCACCAUAACCAGAACCAAAGCUCCGGCAGCAGCGGCUGGACAUCCGGGCCCAUCCCCCAGGUGGCGCCCGCCAGUGAGCCCAGCGGCUGGGAGGAGCCCUCGCCGCAGUCCAUCAGCCGCAAGAUGGAGAUCGACGACGGCACGUCGGCCUGGGGGGACCCCACCUGCUACAACACCAAGAGCGUCAACCUGUGGGACAAGAACAGCAACCAGGGGGGGCAGGGCCAGGGGGGCGGGGGGCAGCCGCCGCCGCCGAAGCCCAUGCAGCCCCCUCCGCCAUCGCAGCAGCCGGCCAUGGGCAGGCCGCCCGGACCACCACCACCCAUGAACCGCGACCCAAACAUGGGCAAAGCACCUUCCAUGUGGGGAGUGGGCAGGGGUCCACCCGACCACUCUGUGGAUAACGGCACCUCCGCCUGGGGCAAAGGCCCAGAGGCCUCCAGCAGCUGGGGAGAACCAGACGACCCCGGCAAAGGGGGAGGAGGCUGGGGAGGACGCUCCCCCAAUCCAAUAAAAUCUGGAUCGAAGACUAUGCAAGAAGGCUGGGGCGAGAUGGACAGCUCCAUGGGCACAUCUCGCCACGCCAGCUGGGAAGAGGAAGACGAGGGCUCCAACAUGUGGAACAGCAGCGGCCCCCAGGGAAACAGCGCCCCCUACGGCUCUGGAGGCUGGGGACACGCCAACAAAAGAGGCAACAAUAAGGGUGGCAUGAAGGGUGACUCGUGGAUGAAUCCAGUGAAUCGGCAGUUCUCUAAUAUGGGCAUGAUGGAUGAUGACCUCCAGGACAAAAGGAUGGAUGGAGAUAAGAGGGGGAUGAGUGACUACAACGGAGAGAUGCGGAAAGGAAGAGGCGGCGGAGGAGUUUUCCGAACCCCGGGCUCCAAGGAGGUCGGAGCUGGAGAGGCGGGGCCUUACUAUGACAAGAUGGGAGGCCAUGGUGUGUUUGGGGGAAGUGGGGGAAUGCCUCCACUCAGAGGGAUGCACCCCAUCAACACCCCCCAGGGGCUCCGUGCACAAGUGCCUCCGCAGUUCUUGUCCCCUCAGGUUCCAGGCUCCAUGCUUAAGCAGAUGCCCCCUCCCACUGGUAACCUGGUGGGGGGCAUUGGGGGCGUGCCAGGGGGCGUCUUCACCCCGCAGCUCUCCCCGCAGCACCUGGCCAUGCUGAGCGGCAUCCACCCUCAUAUGCAGCAGAUCCUGGCUUGCCAGUUGCUCCUGCAGCAGCAGCAGCAACAGCAGCAGCUUCUGCAGAACCAGAGGAAGUUCCCCCAGCCGAUGCGGCAGCAGCCAGACCCACAGCAGCUGGCUAGAAUCAUGGCAGUUCUCCAGCAGCAGAGGCAGCAGCAACAGCAGCAGGGUGUUGGCGGUAUGGGGAGCGUGGGCUCCAAGAUGUCCCCCUCCCACCUGGGGGGAGCCCCAUCCAAGCACCCCAUACCCGAACACCUCCAGCAUCCUGGAGUCCUGGGGGGCACCCUGGCUGAACUGCAAGCCAAAGCGCAGGGGGGAUACCCAGGUUUCGGCUCUGCGGGGGGUAACUUGUCGGGGCUGGAGCUGGGUGCCAUGGUGGGGGCUCCGGGGACCGUCAAGGAUCCCGUGGGGCCGCAGUCCCGCUUCAAGUGGAUGAUGGAGGGCCACAACACCGCUCCCUCUCCCCCCGAUCCCAACAUGCAUAAGAACGGUCCCUUACCUACGCCAGGUAAACCUUUUGGCAGCACCCCUUACGCGCAGUACGAUCUGCUGGGAGGCGACGGCUCGGGCAUGGCCUCUCAAGUCCUCUCGGACGGCUGGCAGCGGAGCCCUGGCAUCGGGCAGGGGGGGCCGAUCAUCGGCACCUCCACCUGGCCUCCUGAGUUCCAGCCGGGAGUGCCCUGGAAGGGCAUCCAGAGUGCCGACCCCGAGUCUGACCCCUACAUGACCCCAGGAGGUGUUCUCACCCCCCACGAUCCGCCUAAUCUCAGUGACACGGACCACCAGUUACUGCGAGAUGAUACAGGCUCGAACCCUGCCCUCAACACCUUGCUGCCUUCACACGGUGCCUGGCCCUACAGUGCCUCAGAAAGCCCCCUCCCUAAUGCACACAGCUCAGCCAAGUACUCUGAGUACAAAUCUAGCUGGCCCCUUGAACCAAUCGGACACAGCAAAUCCUGGAAAACCAAUCGCAACAGCUCUCAGCCGUCGAGGCCUCCCCCUGGACUAACCAAUCAGAAGCAGGGCAUGGCGUCACCGUGGCCCACAGGGGGACCGCGAUUGGCUAGAGGAGGCUGGGGAGGAGGAAGCAGCCAAGACACGAGAUUCGAGUCGGACUCUGCAUGGAGUGAUGGCACGGCCCCCAGAGGAAGCUGCUGGCUGCUGCUUAGCAACCUAACCCCCCAGAUCGACGGCUCCACUCUGCGUACCAUCUGCAUGCAGCACGGCCCCCUGCUGACCUUCCACCUGGGCCUCACCCAGGGCAGCGCUCUGAUACGCUACAGCACCCCACAGGAGGCCGCCAAGGCACAGAGCGCCCUGCACAUGUGCGUUUUGGGCAACACCACCAUCCUGGCCGAGUUUGUGAGUGAAGAGGAUGUGGCGCGAUACUUCGCACAUUCCCAGGCUGUGGCAGCGGCUGGCGGCGCGGGUGGUGCUGCUGGCAGUGGCGUUGGCGUUGGCGUGACUGUGGCAGGGGGCAUGGGCGUAGCCCCGGGCUCCACGGCGCCGGGCACCCCGGGGUCCAGUGGCGUCGUGGUCGGAGCGGGGGCCGUGGCCGGAGGUGGCGGUGCCGGGGCCCGUAAGCCGGGCGGCGAGCGGGAGCGGGGCAGAGGGUCUCUGCCUGGCGGUGGCGGCAGCAGCAACGGUGCGGAGGCUGGUGUCGUGGGCAGCGGCGGCGCGGGUCCCGCCACCCCCGGCGGCUGGCAGAGCCUGGACGUGGCCGGCUCCCCUCUGGACGUGUCCUCGCCACAGGGGUCCGGGCUGGGCAUCUUCGCCCAGUGGAGCACCAACGGGGCUGGGGAAGGGGAGGGCGACGGAGUGGGCAUCGGGGCAGGGACUGGGGUGGUGGUGGAGCCGGGAAGGGGCGGGCUCUGGGGGGGUCGUGACCCCUGGGUGCCCCAGCAGUAGCAGUGGUGGCAGUGGACUAAGGGACGGACACACUCAUACACACACACACACGCGUGCGCGCGCCACCACCACCACCCACAUCACGUCAGCAGCCCUGGUGACUACUGCCAGGUGUGACCUGCUGUGGUGGGGUGCUCACAAGACAAGACACACACACGUACACACACACACACACACACACACCACACCGUUGAUACACUGGGUGAAGCACUCACUCGCAUGCACUUUCACAGACACAAAAAUACACACCUCAUGCAUACAUCUACACAAAGACACACGCACACACCACAUGCAUACAUCACAAAGACACACACACACACACACACUGCACGUAUAAACAACACAUGAACACAUUCACCAUUAGGAAUUUCAACGUACACUGGAAGAAAUGCAAGUAGACGUGCAUACACUAGGGGUAGCCACAAAACCAGAAACACUGACACAAAAAUGUACCUAACUCAUCCAGUGGCAGAAUUCUGCAAAGUAAAAGAAAAAAAAAAGUUUGUACGCAUUUUUCCUGUAAUGUAACUGAAUGCAGGGACUGUUCUAGAAAAAGUACAAGGCCUUCUUUCACAAAUGAAGAUUUCAAACUGCUUAGACUUGAACAUUUGGAAAGUCCAAGUCCGUUAGCCUGAGGCACUUAAUGGAACUUGAUCCCUUCAGCUGGAGACUUACUUAUUUGAGUUACACAUGCACAUCCAAAUCCAGAAAAGCCUUGAAAACAGAUAGUCAUUGUAACAGUGUUAAAGAACAUCGUAUGUGAUGUAGGGCAACAUGCAAUUUUGUUUUGUUUUUCUUUCUCUUAUUUUUUUUUUCUUUUUAUUUUUUUUUUUAAGUCCCUUCAGGACACUGAAUCAAAACACAUGCAAAUACACUGCUCAAAUCCACAUUAGACAAACCAUGUAUUAUUGUGAUUGUUCCUUAUUUGUUGUUGUUGUUGUUGUUGUUGUUGCUUCAUUUUGGGCGGUGAACACCCAGUAUCGUCACUGCUCAGGUCAAGUCCCAACUUCCUACUGUUUUUAUUUCCUCUCUGUUUAUUUCAAUCAUCUUAGUUGUCAUCGUUGGUCAUCGUCACCAUUAAUAUAGUUAUUCUUUUUUUUUUUUUGACUUAUUAUUAUUAUUAUAUUGGUUGGCUGUUUGAGGCAUUUUCUGUAGGUGGCCAGGUACUGUGUCGAGGACACUGCGUUGUGAAUGAGUGAGAGCGUGCGUGCGUGUGGGAGGGUGAGACCAAAUGCAUAGACUGUGUCUGUGUAUGUGUGCAUGGGAGUGAGACUUUUUUUCUAAUGUGUGUUUGCGCAAAAAAAAAAAAAACCCAUCACUUUCGUCUCCUUGAAUGUUUGUCUGUGAAGCUGCUUUACAGAAUGUCUGUAUUGUUCAGUGUGCUCUGUACGCUAUGUGCUGGUUGUGUGCUCAUGAACAUUGGCACUAAUAUUGUUGUUUUUCAUUUUAAAGUGUUUUUUAGGGUACUCUGUGUAGUCUUUUUUUAUUGGCCGACCUGCAAUAAUGAUUGAAAGAACCCUUUUUUUCAGAUCCACCCGUCAGAAGGCAUAUGCAUCUCGAAAGACCAUGCCAAAUCUUACUAGACUGAGCAGCGCAGCAAAGAUAUUUACAGAUGCCUAAGAACUGUUGUAAUAUUUGUGUGUUAUGUUGUUGUUUAUCGUUUUAAGUUAAGAGACUUUUAACACUCCUUCAAGUGUUUUGAUUUGAGAUUUUACAAAGAGAAACUUUAUUUAAGAAAAAAAACAAAACAAAACAGAUUUAAGAGGUAUAAUAAAUAUGAAAGUAUUGGCAAAGA